AUUCUUUCACAUCAUGGAGACCAUCAGAGUGGAUUCUAAGUCAUUGAACCACGAGAUGAAGUGCUACGACACGAUAUCGUGGUCGAAGAACGGGUUCAUUGCAUAUUCCAUUCCGUCGUCCAAUUCCAAGGACAACCUUCUUUUGACGUAUUUGGAAAAUGUUGACGGUAAGAAAUGGCAGUUGGCCAAACCGCAAAAGCUCUGUGUCAAACCCACGUUGGACGGAUUCCAUUCUCCCGAAUUAUCGCUCGUAUCAUGGAGUAAUCUCAGCACCGAUCUUGCCGUUGCCGACGUGUACGGAAACUUCUACAUUUUGUUGGCAGGUGUGGGAUUGGUUCGUGAAGAUAGUAAAACCACGCCUCCAGGUGAUUCUGGUAGUCCCAGCUACGAGUUGACAACCUACAACCACUUGGAAAUGAUAUACCGUGAUAUCAUCACCAACCAACUGAAUCAAAGGCCCAAUGUGGCGGUUCAGUUUGUAGCAUUUGCGUGGUUGCCCAUCGAGAAGAAUCAAAUCAUCAAUACCGAAGCCAAACUUCUCAAUUCUGCAAACUCGAGUGGUAUGUCGUUUUCCUACGGGUAUGGCGUAGAGCAGUACCGUCCUAUGAACUUGUGCCACCCAAUAUCUACCAAACAGGCUUGUAUAGCAUUGAGAACCAACGGGGAAUUAGUGCUACACUAUCAGGGAGAACACAAGGUGGAAUACCACAAAUUAUUGGUGAACUUGAAUGAAGGGUAUAGCUACAACUUACACAUAGAGAAGGUAGCGUUUGGAUUCCCGAACGAGAAGAAGAUCAUUGUGGUGACUUACGAUUCGUUGUCGAAUAAAAUAAGAACAUAUUCAGUUACCAUCAACUGGGGGUUCCUAGUGGAGGCUGCCAGCAAGCAGAAAAUAGACCCUCAUUUCAAUACUCCUAAAGACUUACAGAAAAGCCCAACCUUAUCGUGCUGCUUAAUCAAUGAAAUGUCUCCCAACUUUAAGAGUGAGACUGAGGAGUCGAAGCCUCUGGAAUAUAAGCCAAAACAAAAAAUCGGGAAGUUGGCUUUCAUCGAGAUCAUUUCUCCAGUAUAUGAUGAAAAAGACACUAUAGACAUAUUGAUUGGCUACGAAUUCUAUGACGAGAAUCUCAAAGUUUCCACCACUUUCAACCGUUACAAGAUCUUGGAGAGUAGUAGACUCAUCUCGGAUACGUUUGGAGAAAUCGGUCGAAAAAAGGGAGCUGUUUCAGAUGGUUCAAACAUACAAAAAGAGUUCAACUUGGUGUACCAAGACAAGUUGGUAUUGCCGAAAAGAGUCUUGAAGCUGACUAACCAGACUUCUGAUUUCUUGGUUUUGUGUGAAGACGGAUCAAUUGAAAGUAUUGUCAAAAAGGAAUCAAAAGCCACUGCCUGGAGUAAGAAUGGUAACUCCAGCAUUCCUGAAUCUAUCAGGUCGGUGAUGGACACGGGAUUCCUGAUGGGGAACCUUCAUAUUUCAGGUAAGAACCCUCUUAUAAUCGCAUUUUCACCAAACGGAAUUGGUGCCAUCUACACUGAAAUCAAUGAGCCCACAACGAAUUUGAAACUCGAGUUUGUUGAAAAAACUUCCUCGACAGGUAUUUCUGCCGAAGAACUUUACAUCACCGCAGUGGGAUUUGCCUUUCAACACGCUUUUGCUUGCUACUGUAGCAUUUGCUCAGAUGAUAUCUUGAUCUUAAUCCAGCUAGAGGUUGAAAGAAUUUCAAGGUUAAUAAAAAAGAUGAUUCCAGGCAGCCAGAAACAACUAGAAGCCACAGACAGAUUCAUCGAGUCGAUUCUCUGUGAAUCUCAUAAGGCUAUCAACUUCCAGUUGGAUAUCUUCAACAAGGAGUCAGUAGACAAAUUGUUGUCAAACCCUCCUCUACAGAAGUUGUUGUCUUUGCAGUUGAUAUUAGGUGGUCUUGACUACCGUGUCAACGAUAUAAGCGAGAACAUUGCGUGGAUUAUCUUGAACUUAAGAAGCACAAGUUUUGGAAUCAUGUUUCUGUUGUCGAGCAUCUACCGACAAAUAUCUAAGAAAAAACCUACCGAAGAUACAAUGGAAGAUUCUAUCACCAGAGCUGAGUCUAUCAUUUCACUCAUUGGAAACGUUAGAUGGUUGGUGGAGUUGAUCAUUUGCUUGAAUGAAGAACUACUUCAGAUUUAUAUCAGCAGAAAACAUCCUGAAUCAAGUGUCAUUGACUUGAACAACUCCAUUGUUUUACCGGUGCUUUUGAGUAAAGUCCCCCGGUUGUUCCUCAUGUAUGCGUUAUCUUCUAUCGGUAAGACUCAUGAAGUUCUCAAGAAGUUGAACAAGGAUUUGCUGGAUUCAAACAAAUUAUUCACACCCAUGAAAGACGCUUUGAACCGGUACUUCACUGCUUGUGCAAACUCGCCAUUGAAUUUGAACUUGUAUGAAUCGUUCCUCCGAGAGUGCGAUACCUACAUCACCACCGAAACAUUGAAUCUCACGAAAACCCGGCCAAAGGGCCACAUUUUGAAGAUGGAACAGCAGCUUGUUUGCGAUGGGAAAGUUCACGAGGAUAUGGUCAAGAUGGGCCAAUGGAUCGUGGCGAAGUUUGCUUCCAAUAUUCCUAGGGAUUUAAAGGUGGCAGAGAUGUUUUACUAUAAUGUGGAUUGGCUCGAUAUAAGCUAUAAGACCUCAAUUCCCCGACACACUUACACCAAACACGGACGGAUUGAUGCAUUGAGAAAAGUGUUAAUCGAUGCCAAAGAUACAUCUGUGAUUCUUCGAAAAUGCACCAGGUGUAGGUCAAUAUCGUUGGUGAACGAUCCCUUGGUAUUCAGCAAUGGGACCUUGGGGCUAUGGACAAUGGUGUUUCAAAGAACUUGUAUUUGCGGUAGUGCUUGGGUAAACAUCUAGAUUAGAAAAAUGAACGUUACACUUAGUUUUGGGUAGAGACUUUCUCCUGUUGUUCCUGUAAGACCAUCUGUUCGGUCUCUUGGGCCAACUUCUGUUCUAUAGCCUUUUUCUUUAUCCUGGCCAUCUUCCUCACCACUCUCAACAUCGAAAGCGGUAACAAUAUGUUCCAUACCACUAUCCAAGCACACAAUAUACCAAUAUACCGACCAAUAUCUCCCUUCCAAACAUCAAAGUAGGCCACAUGCAUCAAGUGGUAGGCAUUAAACACGGGAAUCGCAUAACCGUACCGAUAGAAGACGGGAGUCAAAGCAAUGGUUCCAACUGUAGGACUUAAGUUCAACACAAUAUUCAAAACAAGAACUACCCCAGCAAACUGGAUUCUAUUGGGAACCAAACAUAAGAUCAAGGUUUCAAUGGUCGAGCCCAAGGAAGACAUCACCAAGAACGCAAACAUCCAUAUCACCAAGAACCCCGAAUGGCCAAACGUUGUGUCAUAAGCCAUGCCAAACGCAGAGUUCACCACCACGUAUCCCAAGGAAAUCACAAUAUAAGCAAUCUGGGCAACCACAAAUCUAUACACCAUAUACUUGAACCCCUUGACAGACUCAGCAACCCUCUGGUGGACUGGGGUCAUGAACAAAAACUGGAAAAAUGCAAAAGCCACCAAGUAAAUGACCCCCACCAGCAAUGGAGCUUGGAAAAUCAACAACGGAAUUGGCCGUAGGUCCAGAAACUUGAAGGUUGGGAGACUGGUGAUCAACUCUGGGUUUGCACUCACCACCUGGGAAAUCUCGUCGUCGGUAAGUUGGUUCAUAAGGGCGGGAAUCAAAGGGGUUUGGGCAAUGUACUGGUAAAACACCUUAUUGAUGGAAGCGAUUAUCGGCACCACACCCCCAGUCAUCACCAGGUAAUCUCUUCCUGUUUCGUAGACGAUCUCCAAUACGCUGUCGCCCACGAGUUCGACUUGUCCUUUCAAGUUGCUCAAAUAGGCCUGAGUAGCAUUUUGGUGGACAUAAAAGGCCCCAUAGUAAUGCUGGUGGUGGACCUGGCGAUACACCUCAGCAUCGAGCGAAUGGUUGUUAGAGCUUGCCAAGGUCUCCAACUCGGUGAGAUCAAGAAAGUCAUAGGUGCCCAACAGCUGGAUGGCAGAGGUAUUGGCAAAAAAGCUCUCGACAAUAGGACCAACAAUAUCUCCUUCGUCAGCAUUGAUAAUAGCAUAAUGUAUACGGGUGUAGUGGGCGGCACGGUCGUGAUAGACCCCCCAGUACAUCGAGAGAAUCGCCAAAAGACAUAUCGCCAAUAUGAAGUAGUUCUUAAACACCUGGACCACG